AUGAGAAGGAUCUGUCAACUCGGUUUCUUGCUCCUGUGCUUCUUAGAAGGUGGUGUAUGGUCGCUGCGUAAUCUCUCCAUUACGGCUCCCCGAGCUGUUUUAUCGGGAGAAGGUCAAUCAGCGUUGCUUCGUUGUUCUUAUGACUUGGAAGGUGCAGCCCUUUACUCGAUCCGGUGGUAUCGAGAUGAGUACGAGUUUUAUCGCUACGUACCGCGAGAGCUGCCGCCAACCAUGGUUUUCCCUUUACCAGGAGCUACAGUGGAUUUAACAAGAUCGGAUGAUCAGCAAGUCUUCAUCGUGAAUUUAAACCGCAGACUUAGCGGGGUUUAUCUGUGUGAAGUGUCUGCAGACGCUCCGCUUUUCCAUACAGACAUACGCUCAGCGCCACUCACAGUUGUUGAUAUGCCAUUCCACGCACCACGUUUGACGAUCUCUCGUGGAAUUUACGAAAGAAACGAUGUACUUCAUGCAAACUGUUCAGUUGAUGAAGCCUAUCCAGCACCAAAUAUCACUUGGGUACUUGAUAAUCAAAAGAUAGCAGAAAUGGUCUCGAAGCAGACAUUGGAUCUUGAUUUCAAGGAGCGCGCUGCGUUCAGUCAACUGGAAAUUAAUAUUCGCGAGAUUAACAGUUAUAACACAGAAGCGAUAUUUGGCAAUGGGUAUCAUGAGAGUGCCUAUACAAGUCAGCCGGAUCACUAUCAAAUUGGUGACAUGAGCUAUGUGGAACGCUUGAGGUACAGUAUGUUUCCACCUCAAAGCGGACAGUUCACAAUUAAUUGUAUAGCAAGCAUAUAUGAUGUGUACGAGAGAACGAGCGAGUUGCGUUACAUAAAGGAGGACAAUCCUCGACCAGCGUCUGUAACAGGAAAGCACUCUUCAGGUGUAACGACGGUCUGCAAUUUGUUCUUCAUAUGCAUCUGUGUCUGUACGUCUAUACUUGGUCGUAUGUUAUGA